AUGGCUCACAGGCUCCGCUUCUCCUACUGGCUGUUGCUCUGCUGGGCGGCGCUAACUGUGGCGGCAGGACAGAAAGAGGGAGCCACCCCUCCUGCAGACCUGCAAGAUAACGGAGGCCCUACGGACUGCCAGGUCUUCACACUCACCCCUCCACCCCCCAGGAGGAAUCCGGUGACAAGGAUCCAACCCGUCACAAGGACACCAAAGUGUCCCUUUCAUUUUUUUCCAUGGCAAGGACCUAGAGUCCCCAUUAGGUUUCCACACAGACCUUUCCUUCCUUGGAGGUGCAACCACCGGUUUCCGUUUCGUCCAUUUUUUUGGCCACAUGGUCGCCUUACUCCUCAUUAUAGGUAUUUUCCCAGGGGAAGGCUCUGGAGAGGAAGCUCAUCUGAGGAAAGCAGAUGGAAAAGAGAAGUCCCAAAUACGCAGAAGCAAAAGAAGCCACUGGCGCAGAGAAGACUCUAA